AUGUUUUUGAAGUUAGCGGUAUUUUUCCUUGUUCAUGUUUUUAUCACCUGCAAAAAGUGUCAUUCGUAUUUUUUAAAAAAUAAGUAUUUUGAAAAUGUGUUCUUCGUGAAUUCGCACAUAAGAGGUUUUAGCAAGAAUGACGAGAAGAAGGCGGUGAAAAUACAGCGCAACAGAAAAAGGGGUGUGUUUUAUUUUCCCCAGAAAAUAUGUGCCUCCGGGAGGAGGGGUGUGCACAGGUGGGCUAGGCAGAAGGGGGGCAAUUCUUCUACAAGGUGUUUUUUUAAGUCAAAUGGGGGAGUGGCCCUUUUUCCACGGAAUGGGAAUGAUAGUGGUGGAAAUGACGCCGGUGAAACCCAUCUGAGCAGCCCAGCUGCAGGUGACUGCACGCGCGAAAAGCGCGGAAGCAAACUUUUCUCCGAAAACUUUGAAAGAGUGUUUAAGGAAAAUUUCGACGAAAGCUGCCGCAUGAAGAAGAGCGAGCUGAUCUCGAUCUUAGCCUGCAUCUGCACCAAUAUAGUCAUAGAGUUUUUAAAAAUAAGGGAGGAGAAAAAGACAGAACAUUUUGACUACCCCUUUGACUAUAGCCUUAUGAACAUCCUAAAGUUGGUGAACUUUGAAUAUGACGUGAAUGAGGAGCUUCAGAAAAAGAGGAAGAAACAGAAGAGAGAGUUCAGCAGGAGGAAGUUCAAGGGAAGGGGGGUAGAAAUGGGUACGAUGGGAGAAGGCAUAGUUCGUGAGAGGGGUAGCGGACGCGACGGAAGGGGACAGAAUGAAACAGGCAAACCCCAUUUAGGAGGACCCCUAAAUGAAGGCGGCUACGAAGAGACAGAGGAAGAAGUCAACAUAAAUAUCGACAACAAAAACACUAAAGAAGAAAAUGAAAAAUUGGACGAGUAUAUUAAAAUGAUGGAAUUCAAUACAAUGGAAAUUAAACAUAUUGAACCUUAUAUAGACCUUUUCUUCGGAAAAGAGACAUUUCAAAAAGUUUUCGUAAAGAAUGGGAUCGAUAUACACAAAAUUUACGAUAAGCUAAGUGAGGCCCUGUUUGAUAAGUGCCAAGAGAAAGCAAACGUGAUGGAACUACAGAAGUUUGUCCAACACGAGGAAAGAAAUAUGCACAAGAAGAAGAAAAUUCAUGUAAGGAAUGCCUCCACGUCAUUUGAUCAGUAUAUGGAAGGUCUAGGCAGCUUGGAGGAGAGCAGGGGGGUGAGUGAGGUCGAGAGAAUCCUCUACCACGGGGAGGUACCCUCAGAUGGGGAGUUCACCUCAGAUGAGGAGUGCACCUCGGAGGUGGCAACGAAAAAGAGGAAAAAAAAAACCAGGGGAGAUGGAAAUAUUAUCAACGGGUUGAACAAGAGUGGGCAAAGGGAUGGUGAUCAUUUGGGGGUUGAUCUGGGGGAUGGACCGGAAACCGACGGGGACUCCCCAGAUGGGGGUAGCAGCAGUGGGGGUGGCAGCCAUGGGGGUAGCGUCGACAGGAGCGAUGACACCAGCGGUGACAGCAGCGGUGGCCCUGGAGUUGAAGAUUCCCCUGGAAGUACAGACCAAGGCAGCCAAGAUGCUGGGGGCGAGGGACGGCGAGGGGGGCAGGAAGAUUUCUCGGGACGAGAGGACGAGCGAAGGCAGGAAGGAUUCCAGGGCAGGGAGGAGCACCAGGAGGGGAGGAGUGCCAGAAAGGCUGGCAUGGAAUUCCUGAAUGGAAUUUCGUACGCGUUGAUAAACAAGGAGACAAAGAUGGAAGAAGAGGGUGACCCAUCAGUGGAGAUAAAGAGUGACGCGUCAGUGGAAGACCCAAGUGGCGACGCAGAGGGGAAACCCCAGGGCAAUGUCGUCCUGAUAAAAUUCGUGUACGAUAACAAAUACGCGUGCGAGUUUAGGACGGACCUAGGUGUGAUAGCCUACGAGGGGGUAGGAACGAAAUCACCAGAUGAUAUAAAGGAGGGCAUAAAGAAAAUGUACAAUCGCGUCAGCGGUGGGGACGUUUUAUCCGACUCCGAUUUGAUUAGAGGAGGCGCUUUCAAGGGAAUAUUCGAAGAGGUAAAUUUUGAGGAACUCUAUGAGAUGCCUUACAAGAAGCGAUUUGCACGAAAGCAAAGCAUCAUUAGGGAAAUGAAUGGCUCCGUUGUGGCGAAAAAGGGAGUAUGCGAAAUCGAUGCAUACCCUUUGCUGUAUGGCUACCUGAAGGUAUGGGAAGAAGACUUACAUUGCUACGAGUUGAAGAAGGUGGAAAUUAGUCACAUCUGUGGGGUAGAGCCAGAGGAAAAAAAAGGUGGAGAAAAUGUGCUAAGUGGAAAGAUGAAGUACAGCUUUUUUCGCAAUUACGAUGAGAAGGAGAAUGAUCAGAUGGAUGGCGAGAGGGGAGGCGACAUCGAUGACGUACUAAUCGAUAGCGACAGGUACAGACAAAUCGUGCGCGCGAACGAGGACAGGGCGAAUGGAAAGAUUUACCACUUGCUGGGAGAAGGAGACUUCUCAAACAACGACUAUAUUUCGUUUAAAGACAAACUUUUCGUAAACAAUAGGAAAGAAAUUAACUGCUAUGAGGAUUUAAUUACAAAGUUGAGGUGCAACAAUUCGAACUUAAGUGUAACCAUCCUGAGUCGGUUGGACAGGAUAAAGCAAGAUCUCUGCUUUGUGUCGGGUGAGGAGUUUUUAAAAAAUUACACAUUUGACGAGGAAGACCAAUUCUUCAACUUCGACAAAAUUGUGCACAGGUGUUUGGUUGAGAGUAGGUACUGUUCGAUGUUUGGAAGGGAAGGUGAUGGACUCAAAGGAGGAGAAAGAAAUUUUAAAUUGUCUUGCCAUCGUGAUGGUUUUUCAGGCGGUAAGAGGAGGGAAAGUGCCUUUUGGAACGUUAGGGAGCGAAACGUUUUCGUACCACAAGUAAGAAAUGGGAUGACCCAUCUGCCACCACGUCUAGAGAGGGCGCUUUCCAUUGAUGCAAAGGUAAGUGCCGAAGAAAGUUGGAAAAAAAAGCAAGAAAGGGGAAGGAAGAAGAAAAAAAAACACGCCGAGGAUGCUGAUUUGGUCAGCAGCGAGAAGGAAGAGAAGGACCCGUUUAGCGACGAAAUGGACGAAGAUUUGCUGCGCUUUGAAAACAUAGACAACAUUAUGGAGCUACAUGGGGAAGGAGACGAGAGGAAUAGCAGCGGCUCGGAAAGUAACACGACUGACCUGUUCAAUGACGAAGUGACCAGCCAAGUGAUAGAAAAGCUAAGACGCCAACAAAAUAGGAGUCAUGAGAAAAGCAAAAACUAUCUGGAAAAAAUGCUGGAGAGGCAAAGAGGAGUAAACGAUUUUUUAAGUCUAGAAAAAGCACAAGAAAGUGUAAAAAAAAAUUUGAGCGUGGUAAACUAUGAGGAAGCCUUUAAGCAACUAAAGAGCCAAUUGAAGGGGAAGUCCAACAGGAAACGACAGGCAAGUGGAUAUGAGGGCGCAGUGGCGGAGGAUGCCCGUGUAGAAGAAACAGGGCUGAGCGACGCAGAUGAUAAAGAAAUCGAAAGGCAAAUUAAAGGAAUACUAAAAGGCAAGAACUUAAAUGAAGAAUCAUAUCGGUUAGAUCGCUCUGAAGGAAGAGGCGCAGUGGACACUGAAGAACCUACACAGAAGGAAGACCAGAAACAAGACGAGGAAAAGAAAAAGAUCGAAGAAUUUUUUAAAAACAUGAGAAUCGAAGUGAAGUUGAGUAGGGACAUGUGCGUGGGAUGCGGAAUACCCUUUCAGUCGUCUGACCAGAAGAGGUUCGGCUUCUUGAAGAGACAUGUCUACGAGAGGGUUGUCAGCAGGGAUGAGGGCUUUGACAAGAGGGAGAUACUGCGCCAUAUUUACCAAGGAGGGACGGAGGAGAAGUGUGCAAAGGAGGGAGAUUUGAUUGGUCAAGGGGAGGAGAAGCUGUUCGCUCAGCUGGGCAGCAAGCUGAUUCACCAACUGGGCGGCCAACCUGAGGAGCAGAACCGCAAGCAGAAGCUGCUGGGCGAGUUUCACAAACUGAGAGGGGAAGCCAUCAGCAAGGUUGUGCAGCUGGGGAGGGCCGACACCUCUCAGGAUGGAAGCGGCACCUCUCAGGAUAGAAGUGGCCUUUCUCAGGAUGGAAGUGGCAUCUCUGUGGAUGGAAGCGACCUCUAUGGGGGGGUCCAAUCUUCGAAAUGCGACAGCACACAGGGAAAAAGCAGCAGCAUCAUACAAGUCAAUGUAGGGCAAUCAACAGGAGAGGAGACGAAUGAAGAGAAGAAGUUCUACUUGUGCGAAAGAUGCUUCAAUUUGAGAUACAAAAAUGACAUAAAGGAAAACAUGAUAAUUAAUUACACAAAUAAGAACGAAAUUAGUGCCCAAGAUUUUGAAAAGUACGUAAUAAAUAUUUUCAAGAAAAGAUGUUUUAUAAUUUACAUUGUAGACAUUUUAGACUUGUAUAUUUAUUCUAAUUUGCGAAAUUUAUUUUUUUUAUAUAAGAUGCACUCAGAUAAGGGGAAAAGUGAAGGCUUCUUCUUUUGCAUAAAUAAGGUUGACCUUUUACCUGACUAUAAAGAAUUCACUGUUAAGAAUUACGUGCACAAUUUUUUACGGAGCAAUAAGAUAAAUGUGCCGUUUCGGAACAUCUUUUUGGUGAGCGCGAAGACGGGUUACAAUGUGAAGAACCUGAUUUACACGGUUUAUGUGAGGAGCAGGGUCGUGCGCAAAAGGGGGAAGCGACGCCGCGAUGGGGGCAGAGCGGAAAGCGGCCAUGGUAACGAAGGCGAGGCUAACAAGGGAGAGGCUAACAAGGGAGAAGCUAAUAAGGGAGAAACUAAUAAGGGAGAAGUGAAGGGUGACGAUGACUAUGACGAAGUGGAUGGUGAUUAUGACGAAGUGGAUGGUGAUUAUGACGAAGUGGAUGGUGAUUAUGACGAAGUAGAUGGUGACUCUGACCAUGACGAUAGCGAAGUGGACGGUGAUGAGGUUAAGCGUGCCGAGCUCGGUGAACUGGCCCCCCCGGGAGAAGCAUCGAGCAAAAAGAACAAGUUCUUCCUCAAAAACGUCAACAUCUACAUCGUCGGAAAUGCCAACAGCGGGAAAUCUUCCCUCAUUAAUUAUCUACUGAAGAAUGUAAAAAAAAAAGACAACCAAAACUUCCAAAUUAGCAACAGCAUCAUUCCAGGAACAACUCUGAAAAAUAUACAAAUAAAGUUAAGCAAACACAUAACCAUUAACGACACCCCAGGAAUUAUUUCCAGCCAGUCGCUUCUUUCUUGUCUCAACUUUGAUGAAAUGAAAUACGUGGUGUGCACAAAGUUGAAGAAGAAAGUGUCAUCCAUGUACAUAAAUAAAAAUGAUUACAUUUUUAUCGGGGGACUUGUGUACCUUCACAUUUUAAAUAUUAAGAAGUAUUAUGCCAUUAUGUCUUUUUUUAUGUCCGAAAAAAUUCCAAUCAUUAAAAGGAAAAACUUCUCCAAAGACGCAGGGAAAUUUUUGAGGGAGAAGAUAAGCAGCGGAUUUCUUUACCCCCCUUUCUCAGUAGAAAGAUUUGACCAACUGAACAAUUUCAAAGAUUGCUAUUUUAAUAUUACAAAUCCGUGCGUCGAUCGGGACAGUGGUAGUUACGACAUUCAUAUACAGGGGUUGGGGUACAUUACUUUUUACUCAUUUGAGAAUAUCGAAUUUUAUUUGUACACGCUGAAAAAUGUGGAUGUCGUUUCGAGGAGCUCCCUGAUGCCGUAUCAUAAGAGGUAUGGCAAGCUGAACAUCUCCAGGGGGGAGUUGUAG